AUGCAGAUGCAGGAUCCUCCGCCGCUGACGGGGGAAACCCCAGACCGUGGAUCGAUUGCUCCAAUCUGCAACCCAAAGGGCUCACCCUGGCAGCAAGAUGACGAUUUUCAAAGUGACUGUGUCGAAGCAAUACGAUCGUUGGGCGACCUUCCAGAGGAUAUCUGUCGACGUAUUCAUGCCCGAAUGCCACUGCGAGAUGCUGCCCGCUUGGCUUGUGUAUCACACAAAUUUUGGAGAUCAUGGAGAUGCUAUCCCAAGCUUGACUUACGUCAGGAAACACUAGGUUUGAAUGGAGAUCUCAUCAGUAAAGUUGACAGUAUUCUGAAAAAUCACUCGGGCGUUGGCUUGAAGGAACUAAAUAUUGAACUUUCUAGCUGUGACAAGGUUGAUUCUUGUUAUAUCAGUAGUUGGCUUCGUAUUGCUGUUACAGCAGGAAUUGAAGAACUCAGCUUUUUUCUGCCUCAUAUUCCUGAGGAAGAAGAAAACUAUUUCCCAUGCUCACCUUUACUUAAUGGGAGUGAAAACUCAAUUCGGUAUCUUGACAUAGGCAUCUGUGCCUUUCGUCCCACGGCUGGGCUUGGUCAUUGGAGUAGCUUGACAAGGUUAUAUCUGAGUAAUGUGCGGGUUGCUGACGAUGAGCUAGAGGGCCUUCUUUACAGUUCUGAUGCAUUGGAGCAUUUGGGAGUCCUGAAUUGCCCCGAGAUAGUUUGCCUGAAGAUACCUUGUCUGCUGCAGCGGCUUAGGCUCCUGACAGUGUCUUUAUGCAGAAAUCUGCAAGUGAUAGAUUGCAAUGCUCCAAAUAUCUCCAUUUUUCACUUCUCUGGUAGCUUAGUAUCGAUUUUCUUCGAAAGUGCAUUGCAAGUAAAGAAUGUUGAAAUGGAUUGUUUAGAAUCUGGUCAGUCCAACAUUGUCUUGCAUGCUCGGACCAAGCUUCUGUCCUAUGCGCCAAAUGUUGAAACACUUGCCAUAUCCUCGCCUAAUGAGAUGAUCAGUACACCAAUGCUACCUAGCAAAUUCCUCUGCCUCAAGUACUUGCAUAUUUCUCUAAUUGGAGAUGAAGCUAUUUCACCAGCUUAUGAUUACCUUUCUCUGGCUUCUUUUCUUGAAGCUUCUCCUUGCCUGGAGACAUUCAUCUUGGAAGUGCGGCAGCCUUACAUGAAGCAUGAUUCAGUUGUCGAGGAUUCCUCGCACCUAAGAUGGCUACCACAGCAGCGUCACAACAGCCUAAAGAGUGUGACAAUCGUCGGCUUCUGCUCCGCAAAGAGCUUGGUCGAGUUGACAUGCCACAUUGUUGAGAACGCGGCAUCGCUCGAGCGCCUCACGUUAGACCAAUAUUUUAAAUAG